CAGCGCAGGGCAGCUGGAGCUCUACUUCAAGACACCACCACCGCGACCAUGGAUAUUCGACUGCUACGGUCCUCGGACAUACCGCAUGUACAACAUGCAAACAUCACCAAUUUGCCUGAGAACUACUUUAUGAAGUACUACCUCUACCAUGCCCUCUCCUGGCCACAGCUCUCCUACGUCGCCGUCGAUGUCUCCCGCCCCCAGAAGUCUCCCUACGACUAUCCCCGCAUCGUAGGGUACGUGCUUGCAAAGAUGGAGGAGGACCCCCCCGAUGGAGUUCAACAUGGUCACAUCACCAGUUUGAGCGUCAUGCGAACACAUAGACGGUUGGGUAUAGCUGAGAAGUUGAUGAGACAAUCACAACGAGCAAUGGUCGAAACCUUCCAAGCCCAAUACGUCUCCCUCCACGUCCGCGUCUCCAACAAGGCCGCACUCCACCUCUACCGUGAUACGCUCUCGUUCCAAAUGGAGAAGAUAGAAGCCAAGUACUACGCCGACGGCGAGGACGCCUUCAGUAUGAAGCUCGACCUCGGCACCCUGCGCGAAGAGCUGGUUGAUGAGAUGGACAAGGAACUCGAUGAAGGCGAGCCUGUGGGUGAGAUGGGUAAGGAGGGCGAUUUGGUCUUGCUUGAUGGGAACAAGGAGGCGCCAAAAGAGGGCAAAAAGAGAAAGGUUAGAGUCGGAAGAGGGCUUGGUGUGGGUGACUUGGUGGAAAGGGAUGAGAGCCAUAAGUAGGGCAGGAUAUGCUGGGAUGGUUCAACUGAUGGGAUUUCAUGCAUAUGUGGAGUUCAAAAUGUUUGGGCGCAUAGACCAUGCUAUAAAAUGGUAUUUCGUCGAACCUAGUUGCUUGAUUGUCUUGAAGACUGCGAUAACAUUGACUCUUUGGUGGCUUCAUUUGUUUCAUGGCGGUUUUUACAACUCCAUUUUCUCCCAAACAAUGCUUGACCCGCAAACUACUCAAGCGAAGGGAACAACCAAACAUGACCGCUUGCGUUGGGCUUUGUGGCGGCUUGUGAAUGGGAUUGAGCCCGGACCUUUUCUUGUUCACCCUACACUUACUGCCAAAUUCUAG